AUGACCUCCUGCAUUUGCCUUGGCCCGAAAAGAGCGGGUAAAACGCACCUGCUGAAAGCUCUACAGGAUCCAGAUUCCAUCGACGAGACCACGUUUUCCAUGCCCACCAUAGGAACUGGGAUCUAUCGCAUCCAUUUCCCCACAAAGUCGCCAAGUGGGGAUAAAAAUAGGCCCCCUCCGGCAGACACGCAGGUUAAUAUACCGCAUGGGGGGAAGAAUCUGCCCAAAUCCAUACAGAUCCUUGAGAUCGGAGGAAGUAUGGCUCCCUUGUGGCGGCAAUAUUUCGAGGAUGUCAAAAAGCUGAUUUACGUGGUGGACACCUCUAAUCUCUGCCAGAUUUCCGCCGCCGGUGUUCUUUUCUAUUCAAUACUCACCGAACCGCGUUUGCAGAACAAUACUAAGAUCCUGCUGGUUUUGGCCAAAAUGGACUACUCCUACCGCCAGAUGCGAAACGAGGCGCUGCUCAUGCUGCAGAUGUCCAAGUUGCAGAAGCAGAUCCGCCAGCAGGUGACCAUCGUGGAGGCCAGCGCAGUCUCCAAAGUCGGUCUGGAUACCAUUUACGAUUGGCUGCAAAGACCCUAAUAAAAAUAUACGUUUUUAUGCACCCAAAAAAAUUGAAA